UUCCCAACUCACCAAUAAAGCAAAACACUCAAGGCGUUGCAAUUUGCAAAGCUCUCUCACCUUUCCACAUCCGACGCUAAACACUGAAAAGGAAACCUAAAUCCUCCUUCUCACUGCGACAGUGACGCAAAACGUGAACUAGCCUAGGCUGUGUGAGCCAAUACUUAUUGCAAACCCAUUUGGAACAAGUUGCUUACAAAUCAGAAUUUUGGUCAAAUUGUUGCAAGUUGUUUCGAUUGUCCAGUUGGGUUUGUUGGAUAACCAGAGUUGUUCCCAUUUGGUGGACUAAUGACGGUGCCGGCACAAGAGGUUAGAGUUGAAAACUGAUACUCUGGGAGGAUCAUUAAAAACCAGAAAGUGAGAUUGGAUAAGAGAAUGGACAUUUAAGAUUCUAUCGUAUGGUUACUGUAUUGGAUACAGUUGAAGGGUUUUUACACAUUGUGGUAUAUGGGGACUCCAGAAGCAGAGUAUGCUGCAUUUGAGGAGAAGGUCAAACGAACUGUUUACCUUGAUAAUAUCUCACCACAGGUCACCGAUAUUGUUGUGAGAACUGCUCUUUCUCAGUUUGGGACUGUGAAAAAUGUUCAGUUCAUUCCAGACUACUUCAAAUCAAGGAACAUCGCACAGUGUGCACUGGUGGAGAUGGAGAACCCUAAACAGGCUGAUGCUAUUGUCUCAGAGAUAGCUCAAUUCCCAUUCAUGAUGGCGGGGAUGCCAAGGCCUGUGAGGGCAUGUCCUGCUAAAGUGGAGAUGUUUGAUGAUCGCCCUACAAAGCCUGGAAGAAAUAUAUCUUGUCGUUGGUUGGAGCCAAAUGAUCCUGAUUUUGAAGUGGCACAAAAACUGAAGCGUCUUACUAAAAAGCAUGCUGCUGAAGCGUCAUCUUUGCUCAAGCAACAACUCCAGGAAGAAGAGAAUCUUGCGAAGCAGCAGAAUGAGGCUCUUAAAGCAAAUUAUAAGAAGUAUGAAAUGAUAGAUAGUGUGAUAGCUGAUGGAACUGCUCGUCAUUUGGCAAAACGUUAUAAAAUGAGAAUAGCAGAUGACUGAUAGGUUUUUUUGUUGAGGUUCUCCCUCAAGAAAGUUUAGUAAAUUUGUAAAAAA